UUUUUCUUUUAUCGAUUAAUAAAAGAUUUUGUUGGCAGCAUUGACCAGCCGAGGAAGAGAAAAGCCCUUUUCCCCUCUAUUAGCAAGAAGCCUGUCUCCUCCGGCUUUCUCUUCCUCGCCGCUUCCGGUCUUCUUCUUCCUCCGUCGUCGCUGUUCUUCUUCCUUUUCCCCAAACCCUAAAUUGAUUACAUCAUCGAUACUAAUUAAUAACGUCUUCCUUUCUCAUUUAUAUCCCUUUUGUCUGACAUUUUCUUCUUCUUCCUCGUUGAAGAAACGAAAACCGGAAAAUGAAUAAUUAAUGCAAUUUCCUAAGCGUCCGGCGCCUCCUUUUCCAUCCUUUUUUCCAGUCCCCCACCCUAUCUCUCGCUGUCUCGCGUCGCGACUGGAUAGGGGGAAAGCGACAAAGGCCGUAAAAAGCACCCAAAGCCCCUCGUCGUCUCUUAUGGCGGCCUCCUGAAAAAAAGUUCCUUCUCUACUCCUCCAUUCUGUCUCUAAUUCCUGCUCCUCGAGACCCUUCUUGUAAUUGGUGUAACUCUCUGCGUGCCAUAGGCAAAAAUGGCAGAGAGUCCUGUUGCCAUGUCUGAGAAGGAAGAGACUGAAACCCCCAGCUGGAGUUCUUCGAUCCUUGCACAGACAACAGAAGAUGUUGCCAAAGCUGUUGCUGCUGCAGCUGCCACUGUUCGUUCUCCACGGCCCUCUGUGAUUUUUUCAUCUAAAGACGAAAAUGUUGGUAGCCCACUUCAGAAAUUCCAGCGCCAAGUGUCAAAGGUGCUCAAAGGCAUCUCGCCUCCUCGCCGUGAAAUGAGGAUUGGAAAUUAUAAUCCUGAGGUUCUAACUAGCCAAAAGCGGCAAUGGGCUAGUUUCCAAUUGCAAAACUUGGAUCACAGAGCCUUGAAGGAGCCAUCCAAGCUUUUUGAGAGCAUGGUCGUUGUCGGACUUUCUCCAAACAGUGAUGUUCAGUCACUUCAAAGGCAAUUCUGUUCACGAAGGUCUGAAGGUUCAGGUAGAUUGCAAACCACUCUUGGUUCUCAAAAUCAGUCUCGAGUAGAACCUCUUCUUGAGCCUCAGGUUUUAUUUGUUUACCCGCCCGACAAGGCACUACCUCUUAAAUACAAGGAUCUUCUGUCAUUUUGCUUUCCUGCUGGUGUUGAGGUUAAUGCUGUUGAGAAAACUGCGUCCAUGAGUGAGUUGAAUGAGAUUUUUCUUGCGCAGGAGCACUUCAAGAAGAGUGACUUGUCAUUUGUUUUCCGGUUACAGGUUGCUGAUGAUUCAACACUCUAUGGUUGCUGUGUGCUGGUUGAAGAAAUCAUUCAAAAACCAUCAGGAUUGCUUUCUGUGGUUUCAGAUAAACAACCCUCGAUCCCAACUUUGAGCCGUUACGUACUUACAACACGGAGAUGUUAUUGCAUUCUUACACGCCUUCCUUUCUUUGAAUUGCAUUUUGGAGUAUUGAAUAGCAUUUUCACUGAAGAACGGUUGGAAAGACUUACUAAAGGUAUUAGUUUUCUAGACCCUGAUUGUUCUGGGGGCGAGAAGGAAGAUAGUGUGGGAAGCGAUUCAAACGAUAUAUCAAAUAAUCAUAGAGAAGAAGAGGGUCUGCUGGAGAGACAAGCAGAGAUAUUGGAGCCAGCUUCAGAGGCUGCAAGUGGAGAAGGUCUGAUAGAUGGUGAAAGCCACUUGGAGCAUCAUGGUUUUGAGUGUCCUUUAUUGACCAACAGUGUGAGGGAUAAUGAUGAUGCAGUUGAUUCAGAAACAGAGGGGGCUCCCAAAUGUGAAUCUGGUACCAUAAACCAUGAAGGUCAUAAUAAUAAUAAUGAUGCAGAUUAUUCAUCAAUCAAGCAACCUGAAAGACGAUUGAAGAAUUUAUCGCUUCCUCUCCUCCGCUUGUACCCGUGCGAAAGCUCCGAAUCUUCUCCAAGCUUCCAGGGUUCUCCCAGUGAAGACCGGAAUUUUCGGAGUGAUAUUGACGAUACUGAAACCGAAGAGGCUUCUUUUUCUGGCCAGGAAGAGUCAACUGAUCACCUUCACAUUCUUGAAUGGGCCAAGGAGAACAACCAUGGCUCAUUACAGAUACUUUGUGAGUAUUACCAUCUGCAUAAUCCCUACAGGGGUUCAGCAAUAAAAUUUCAUCCCUUGGAGCAUCUUCAUCCCUUGGAAUUUCAUAGACCAGAUGAGACAAUUCUGCGUAUUGCUGGCUCAACUAUUGAUUUGAGAUCUUGCAGUUCCAGCCUUGAAUUUGCUGAGGCCUGCGGUGCACUCUUGGUAGAGGAGGAAGCAACAGCAUUGUCAACAUGGACGAUAGCAUGCAUAUGUGGAGCCUUACGACUUGAACAUGUUUUAACAUUAUUUGCAGGAGCACUACUGGAGAAGCAGAUCGUGUUAGUUUGUUCCAAUUUGGGAAUUCUGUCUGCUUCAGUUUUGUCAAUUAUUCCGCUGAUUCGUCCUUACCAAUGGCAAAGCCUACUGAUGCCGAUUUUGCCAGAUGACAUGCUAGACUUCUUGGAUGCUCCUGUUCCUUACAUAGUUGGUGUAAAGAACAAAACCAUUGAAGUACAGUCGAAGUUAACUAAUACUGUUGUGGUUGAUAUCAACAGGAACCAGGUUAAAUCACCUGGAAUACCUCAACUACCGAAACACAGAGAGUUGUUUUCAUCCUUGAGUUCAUAUCAUGCAAAGCUCGUGGGACUAAGCUUUUCGGCAAGGAGAAGACCAGUGUACGAGUGCACAGAUGAGCAGGUUGAAGCUGCCAAGGGCUUCCUGCGAGUACUUAGAUCUUACUUGGACAAUCUUUGUUCCAACCUUCGUUCGCACACGAUUACGAAUGUUCAAUCGAACAAUGACAAGGUGCACCUUUCUAUCCAUAAAAUGUCGCUUGGUUUGUCUGCUCAUUUUCCCAGCUGUUAUCACACCAUUGGUGUGAUUUUAUGUAUUCCUGGGGGAAAAAAUGGUUCCUAGGUUACUAUUUAUAUUUAGACUUAUCCUCAAGUGAUAAAGAAGCAGGGUUCAAAUUCUCUUGUCAAAUGUAAUGGAACUACAAAGGAUUAGUAUAAAACCAAGUCAGAGAUUAUGUGGCAUGUUUCUCCAGUUCGCUGGCCCAUUUGUAGGGAACUCCCGCCAAGUUGGUAGCAGCCAACAGGAAAUGGCCAGGGGAGGUUAAAAUUUGGUAGGAUAGAGGUAAAGCUUAAAUGGGAUCGUAUGGUUUUGAUAAGAUUACAGAAGGAAAGCUAAAGAAGGGAAAUCUGUAAUGAUAAUGUAUGUUAUCUCUUUGUUAUGGUGAAUGCAUACCAGCUCUGAGCUGCUGCUUAAGAGAAUUGUUCCGUAAAACCGGUCUGAGCUGCCUGAAUUCGCUGCAUCAGAUUUUAAUGCUGUGGCUUGCUGGAAUAGUUCUGUUUGCCUUUUGGGUGCUGGGAGUUGAAACCUUUGGUGUAAGUUGGAUGGUUAGGUGCAGUCCCUGUACAAGAGCAGUUUUAAGGUCUCUGUACUUUUUGGGGGAAUCUAAUGAAUUCGCAUUUCUGAAGCAGAAACUGGCGAAAUGGUACGGCCCUGAGUUAUCAAUAUCUUCUGCUGCCACAAAUAACUAUUUAGAACAAGAAGACGGUAUGAUUUCUACAGUUCACCCACUAACGAACAAUUGCAGCAAAAUGGACUCUUUCCUUUCUUU